UAGAUGAAUUUGGGCCACCACAAAAAAAUCAUACUGACCACAUUCAUCCACCGACGACAGACGCGCUUUGCGGAGGACGACAUCGCAGCAAUAUGAGCAGUGAGACAACACCAACGAAGGCAAAUAUGCAAAGCUUUAAAGUACUACAGACGCAGGCAAACUCGGCUGCCAGGCAGGGCACGUUCGCGGUCUCGAGGACUAAUGCGAACACGAUAUCGACUCCUAAUUUUCUGUUGCCGACGUCAAGAGGUAGCGUGCCGCAUUUGACACCGGAGAUUUUGAGGAAACAUGUUGAUGUGCCUGCUUUGUACAUUGGCGUUGAGGACUUCAUUUACAAAGCAGCGAUGAAGUCACCUCUCACUCUAUCAGGGUUCAAAAUCAGAGACUACGUGUCCAUCAUGCCUCCUCUAGACUCCAAGAGCCCGCAAAUUCCCAUCUUCCUAUCUCCUCGCCGCUCGAAUCCGAUCCCUACCUCCCAGCCCAGCACGGAUAACACGCUCGCCGUAGUGACAAGCGAUGGCUUUCGGCAAUUUCCGAUCCAGGAGUAUUUCCAGCUCGUCUCACAGAUCAAGGAUGAUGACACUGUCGUUAUUGCGCCCACAGACCUGCCGCUGAUGUUGGUGCCUAACGGUGCGCGGGGAUCCGGCGUUGCGGUGAGGAGUUCAACGAAAGUAGGCGGCAAUCGUUCUCGAAAGUUGGUCGUGCGGAACGAGAAAUGGAGCACUUCUAUGCUGGAAAAGUUCUCAAAGGAUGUGCCGGUGAUUGUCCCGCUAAUCCCAGGGAUCUCGUUUUCACAGCAGCAGAUGUACUUUGACUCAUUAUUGGGCAAGGAGAACGUGUUCGUGGCUGCAAAAACUAUCGAAACAAUCGACGGUCUCGCGGUCUCAGAUUUAACGUCGCCGUUUCUGCCUGAACCCGAAGCCGAGGAAGAGGAGGAUCUUGAUAGACUUGGUCAAAAGGAAAAUAUAGCGCCUGAGAAUGACACUUCGCUUACAAGUGCGAGUACCGUGGAUUAUAAGCUGAUCCCUACCGAGCUGAAGGAGGUCGUGCGACUAAACAUGGCGUACCAGAACGGGCCUCACGACGUCUUGAGAGCGUUUGAACGAGGAUCGGAUUUAGUUUGCGGAGACUGGAUCACCACUGCUACCGACGCAGGUCUUGGAUUCUCAUUUACACUGCCGACAGACGACGCUUCUGUUCAUGAUGGCCACCAAAAACUGGACUUUGCACACAACUUUAUUGAUAACGAAAAGUACGCGAGUGAUCUCUCGCCGAUCGCAGAAGGAUGCGAAUGCUAUACGUGCACAAAGCAUCAUCGGGCGUAUAUCGCGCAUCUUAUCAACGCAAACGAGAUGCUUGCUUGGACGCUUCUGCAGAUUCACAACAUACACGUCGCGAACCAGUUCAUGUCUGCUAUCAGAGAGGCAAUCAAAGCCGGAACAUUCACUACAGCAGCAACCUCGUUUUGUCACUUGUACGUCGAGCAUAUUAGUGGUGUAAAACUCGGAGCGCCUCGAGUACGGGGCUAUCAGGUUCGUUUGGUAGGCGGUACUGACAAGAAGUUGAACGAGAAGGCAUUUAGAGAUUUGUCUGCUGAUGUGUAAUAUAUGAAGGCGUCUGUAUGAUGUAGCAUAAUCUAAUAAAAAUAAUUCAAGCCUGUGUUAUACCUUGAUACAGUAUUUAUAUCAAUAUUUUUUAAAUUCAUUUCUAUAUGAGAAGUCG